GACAUAAUGUACUUUGUGGUUUGGGACGAUUAGAAAAUAAAAUAGUAAUAUACAUCGAUAUAUAUGUACUACGUACUAGAUAGAAUAGAACGUUCCGACCGAACAAAAAGCUUACCACACUGAAAUGCACUGCAGACUUUGCAUUGCCCACAGUGAUGCCAGAUGGGGGGGAUUCCCCCCAAAUUUGGGGGUAUUUUCAGGCCUUGGGGGCAAUUUCGGGGGGACAAAUCCUUUGGGGGAUUAUGCGGAGGGAACUAAAACAGGCUUGGGGGGAAUUGGGGUUUUUUGAAAAACAUUAAAAUCUUUUUUUUUUUUCUGUACGCGAUUAAAGGCGCUUAUUACAUAAUCUGCACACAUCCACGCACACUCACACACUCAAACACGCACAACGAUGUGUAGGGUGGUACGAGUACGAACGAACAUCGAUGAUAGCCGAGCGGUGCCGAAGCGAAGUUGUCAUUGUCACUGUCACGCAGCGCAGCGCGCAGCCGCAGUCAGUCGUUUGUUCGGGACUUCGGGUCGGACAAACAGGUUUAUUUAUACCGCCAAUUGCUGAGUGUGUGCUAUAUUAUUAAAUUGUAAAUCCUAAAAAGUGAGUGAAGAUCAUGGAAAAGACCAAACCAAAAUAUGUAAGAAGAUAUAGAAAGGAGUGGGAACAGGACCCAACAUUUAAAGGUUCGUAAUUCUGAAGUAACUUCAUUAAAGUGUAGUGAUUAUAACCUAAAUGAAGUAAUGUCUCAUAAAAGAAUUUUAUGUUUGUAGCUCUGAAUGAGUUACCACUUGGACCAGCCGUUUAAACAUCAAGUAGAUAUAUGAAUAUUUCAAAAGGAGGUAUAAAUGUAAUAAGGUAUAAGGUGGCUGACAGUUUGCAUCGGUGACGAUACAAAAGCGUGGUGCAAGGCCUGUAAGUGCACAUUGAUGUCUCAUAAAAAGGAUUUAGUAGAACAUUCCAAAACUAAAAAACAUGACCAAUGUUUAAAACGAUCUAAUAUAGUUGGUCAGUCAAGUAAAAUGUCAAAUUUUUUUGAAAAGCCCUUGAAAGAGCCAAGAAAAAGAGCAGAAUUAAAAAUUGCUGCAUAUGUUGCUGAACAUUCAAGUAUUAAAUCUGUGGAUCAUCUAGGUAUACUGAUUAAAGAUUUAGAUCCAGCUGCUCCAGUUUUGAAAGAUUUGAAGUUACACAGGUCAAAAUGCACUGCUUUAAUUAGAAAUGUUAUUUCUCCUUGUUUCUUGGAAGAAUUAUUGGAAGAAGUUGGAGACAAUCAUUACUCAAUGAUCAUUGAUGAAACAACUACUAUUGACACGAAAAAAGUAAUGUGUGUGAUUAUAAGAUUUUUCAGUGAAAAACAGAAUAAAAUUAUUACUCAGUUUUACAGAUUGAUUGAAAUAGAAUCUGCAGAUGCAACUUCAUUAACUGAUAAGUUUAAAGCGCAACUGACUGCUGAUGGCCUAAACACAGGAAAACUUUUGGGUAUAGGAGUCGAUGGUGCUAAUGUCAUGGUUGGUGAACAUCACUCGUUUUCCUCUAUUUUGAAAGAAGGAAACCCUGAUCUGAUAACUAUUAAGUGCGUUUGUCAUUCAUUACAUUUGGCGGCUGAAAAUGCAUUCAAAACGCUCCCCCGGUUUCUUGAUUUUCUCAUUAAAGAAUGCCAUAACUGGUUUUCAAACAGUACGAAAAGACAGACUGAAUACAAGCAAAUAUAUGAAUUACUGUACGAUGGAAAAACACCAUUAAAAAUAAACAAACUAGCUGGCACUAGAUGGUUAUCUAGAUAUGAGGCACUCAUUAAAAUUUUAGACCAAUGGGAUGGAUUAAAACUACACUUUGACAUGGCCAAAUCUAGAGAAAGGUGUUAUACUGCGGAUCAAUUGAGCAACAUCCUCAAAAGUAAGGCAAAUUUGUUAUACAUGACUUUUCUCGGGACUUACCUCAAAUAUAUUACCAUGACAAAUAAAAUGUUUCAAGCCACUGAUGCAGACCCUCUGAAGUUGCUUGAAGAAGUUAAUAAUUUAUUAUUAACCUAUUUAACAAUUUUAAUACCUCCAGCGCAACUGGAAAAGGCGGACAAACAUAGUUUAUGUAACUAUGAUUUUGAAAAGUACAUAAUGGACUCAUCGUAUAUGAAUUUCGGGUAUUCAUUUAACGAAAAGUCAGAAGGUAUAAGAGAACAUGAAUUGAAAGAUAUAAAACAGCGCUGCAAGGAGUUUCUUAUAGAAAUCUGUAAACAAAUACAGAAGAGAUUACCAAAUAAUAUGAAGACGUUAGAAAAUUUGAAGUUACUGAGUCCGAAAAAUGCGACGUCUCAAAUCAAACCGGACAUAACCAAUUUAGCAAAAUCUUUUAAAACCGUCUGUAAUGAUGUCGACUCCUUGGUACAGGAAUGGAACGCCUUACACAGAACUACCUGGGAAUCGACAAAAACUACUGAGGAAUUCUGGGUGGAAGUGUACAAUUUUAAAAAUGCUGUGGGUGAGAGAACCUACGGAAAUGUUAGCAAAUUGGCAUUAGCCAUUUUAUCAUUACCUUUCUCCAACGCAGUGGUGGAAAGAGCCUUUUCUCAAGUGACUAUCAUUAAAGAUAAAUUGAGAAAUCGAUUGGCCACCGCCACUGCGGAAUCAAUCUUAAGAAUAAGAUAUACAAUGAUAAAAGGCUGUAUAAGUUUUAAUCCCACUGUCAAGAUGCUACAGAGAUUCAACUCUGAAAAAAUGUAUGGCACUGAUGAAGCAUGUGGAGAUACAGAAACAGAUGCAUUAAUGGAAGCAAUUUCUGAAAUUUAAAUGUUUUGCCUAUUUUUGUGUUUUUUCUUUACAAAUAAAAUAAUUUUCCAACA